GGUAACAAGAAACUCAAAUAAUCAAGCACGCAAAACCAACACCAAACAAAAAAUUGGCAGCGUGACAAUCUACUCCCUCGGCACUCCUAACGCCUGGCAGCCUCCAUCGAUGCACUCGAAAGCUCGGCUGACGCUGCCUGGCGGUGAAACCAGGAAGGCGGUGAGCUUAAACUGAAGUAAGUUCGGUGGACGCCAGCGGCGCCCAGAUUUGAAGAAACGUUUCCAGAUCUGCGGCGCUUGUAAGUCUACGGGAGGUGUAAGCCCGAAGGCCGGAAUCCAGAAAUGGGACGCCGGUCAUCUGAUACUGAAGAAGAAAGCAGAAGCAAGAGAAAAAAGAAACACCGUAGACGGUCUUCUUCAAGUAGUUCUUCAGAUAGUAGAACAUAUAGCCGAAAGAAAGGUGGAAGGAAGUCAAGGUCAAAGUCAAGAUCUUGGUCCAGAGAUCUUCAGCCUCGCUCACAUUCUUAUGAUAGAAGACGAAGGCAUCGAUCAAGCAGUAGCUCUUCUUAUGGCUCUAGAAGAAAACGAAGUCGAAGUCGUUCAAGGGGUCGAGGGAAAUCCUAUAGAGCUCAGAGAUCUAGGUCAAAAAGCAGAACAAGAAGGUCCCGAUCAAGACCACGUCCACGUUCCCAUAGUCGAAGCAGUGAAAGGUCCAGUCACAGAAGAACACGUAGUCGGUCUCGGGAUAGAGAACGACGUAAAGGCAGAGAUAAGGAGAAAAGAGAAAAGGAAAAGGAUAAAGGCAAGGACAAGGAAUUACACAGCAUCAAACGUGGGGAAUCUGGAAACAUCAAAGCUGGAUUAGAACAUCUGCCCCCAGCUGAACAGGCCAAAGCAAGACUACAACUGGUUCUUGAAGCUGCUGCAAAAGCUGAUGAAGCAUUGAAAGCCAAAGAAAGAAAUGAAGAAGAAGCAAAGAGAAGAAAGGAGGAAGACCAAGCCACCCUGGUAGAACAAGUAAAAAGAGUCAAAGAAAUUGAAGCCAUUGAAAGUGAUUCUUUUGUUCAGCAAACAUUCAGAUCAAGUAAAGAAGUCAAAAAGUCAGUGGAACCUAGUGAAGUGAAGCAUGCAGCUGCAACAUCAGGACCAGCAUCAGUAGUGGCUGACCCACCGAGUAAUGAAAAAGAAAUAGACCCUAGCAGCAUCCCUACUGCUAUCAAGUACCAAGAUGACAAUUCUCUGGCCCAUCCAAAUUUAUUUAUUGAGAAAGCUGAUGCUGAAGAAAAGUGGUUCAAGAGAUUAAUUGCUCUCCGACAGGAAAGGCUAAUGGGCAGUCCUGUGGCCUAAAGUUAUGUUCAUCUGGUUGAAUUAACAGUAACAUUGGAAAUUUAGGUUUUUAAAUCCCAGUAUUAACUCUUAAAAAUAAUUUAGCUGAUUAUAUAAAAAGGUAACCUCAUUUCAUUCUUUUCUCAUGUAGGCUUGAAUAUUUGUUGAUUUGAACUUAAUCAAACAUUGUGAAUAUUAAAACUAGUGUAAAGUUUAAGAAAGCAUGAAAAUGUCAUACUGUUAAUAAAGCUAAUCCUGAUAAUAUUGGUAUUAAGGCAAAUGGUACACAGUAGUGUUUCUGAGUACAAUUUGAAAAAUAUCAAGUUGCCAUUUAAGGACACAAUUUUGAUUAGUCAUGCAUAUAAAAGAGUCGAACUAUAUGCUAUAAAUAUGAGAUUUUAUCUUCCAUGCAUUAUAAAACCAUAUUUGAAUCUUUUAUUUCGCCUUAUUGAAAAAUUUUAGGCACAACAAAAAGCACUGUAAACAAUCUAAGCAGCAUGAACCAUGUUACUCUUAGAGGAAUAAUACAUUUAGUAAAAAAAAAAGACUUGAAAAUUAAAUAAACUGAUGGUUUAUUUGCUUAGAGAUCAGCUUUUACUAGGUGCUCCUUUGAAACAUGUUAGCAGGUCCCAGCUCAUUCUUUUAAAAAUUACAUGUUCACGCUAGACCUAAGCAGUUGGCCAAAUACUCAUGAUGGGGAAUUGUUUCUGAGAAAACUGGUAAGAGCUCUCACUUCAGUGUUACUUAACCAACUGCUAUACCCUGCAGAGGAAGCCAGCUAAUUGUAAUUUUGAUAAGGCUAUCUGUCAUUGUAGAAUACCUUUCUCUGGUAGCUGAAUGAAAAUCAACUAUGCAUUCCAUACUGAACACGCCAGAGAUAAGGACUUUUAGGCCUGCCUUACAAACUGCCUUCAACAGCUGACGUGAAUUAUUUCCCUUUCUAUUUGUUCUGCUCAAAUUUGUAUCUAUGAAGACUGUAGCCCAGAACACAAGAUAAGCGUGAAAAGUUCUUGGGCUAAGAUUACCAAUAUAUAGGACAUUUUGAUGCCAUCUUUUUAUAUUUCUGGAACUACUAAAGUUGUAAUCCCUGUUAAAAACGAAAACUAUAAAGAACUUAAAAUCAGUUGCAAAAGGGAUGGAAAAUAGACUGAUGACCAAAUACUUGUUUUUAUACAAACAUGUUUUCAUAUUCUAAAUAUAUGCUAGUGGGGGUUUUUUCCUUAGCUAUAAGUAGAAGUACCCAGUAUGAACUCAGGUGUGUGUGGUUUUUAACAUAUACAAAUUUUUAGUGAUUUUUAAAAGGGAUUACUGGUACUGAAUAAUUUUAUAUUUCAUUUAUUACAUAACUUAUAAAUAGUAAAAGGACUAUCAUCCUUUGCGGAAUUAUAUUUUAGUGGUCUAGGCAAGAAUAUGGGUUGUCAUUUGGGCCACUAGUGAAUUCUCCAGAGAAGCUGGACUAGGCAUUUUUUCUCAGUAUGCUUGAUGUUCCUCAUUUAUAACAUACUGAAAAUAUUAUGAUCCACUUUAAUUAUAUUUCACACCAGAGUUCCUCUUUGGCAAGUAACCCAAAUACAGAUGCUUGAACUGCAAUAGAUUUAUAUUUUAAAGCUAAAUUUUUCAUAGAGAUAGAGAAUCAAGUUAUUUUUUAAUUAACUAAACUCUAGUCCCUGCUAAACUCAAUGACUAUUCCCCUUCUUCCUGAUUUCCAGUGUGAUUCAUUUUAAUAUAUUAUUAACUUUGUUUACCUGCAUCCUGUUGAAGACUACAAUAUUACCACAUAAGCCAAAUCAAAUUUAAUGAGAAAGACUUCAUAGACCACUAUCAAACAUAUCGCCAAACUCAAGGUAGGCGAUCCAUGCGGGCCUUCUUUAAUAUCCUAAUAUAAUGACUCUAUAAAACAGAACAGUCCCUUUCAUGUCAGUUGAUUACUGGCAACAGUUUGGACUUACAUGAGACCUCAGAGUGUUUUUCGAAACAUUGACUUCACACAAAAUGAUGAGUACUAAUAAUACAAGUUUUCAUUUCUGAACAAGUGCAUUCUCAGGGAAAAUGGAAUAAGAACUUUUUUUUUUCUGGCACUCCCUAAUUACGAGGAAGCAGAUACCUAAGAAUAUGAGAACAGAACACUCUUGAGUCUUUCACCUACUUCACUUCAGCAUCACAGCAGGUGAAAUGAGGAUACUAAUAGCCUACCUACCUACUUUGAUUCUUCAGUAAAAUAACACAAAAGAAAGCCCGUGGUAGAAAAAGUGUACUAUUUAUGCCAAGGGAACAUUUUGGCAUGGUAGCCCAUCUUAACGGAAAUAUGGAACAAAUAGUUGCAUGGGUAAUUAUUUGAAAAGCUACACUCCAACUUCAGUGUACUCCUUAUGUAUGUGCUUGAACUGCCAUGGCCAAUAGACCCCAGCUUUUGAUGUCCCUCCCUGCCAAGACCACAAGAAACCCUGAUUGCUCUGCAGGUAGUGACCUACUAUCUGCUUACUGGAGGUAUCUCAGGUCUUCUUCCGUCAGAUUUACCCACUUACUCAUUAACGUUUUUUUGACUACCUAGUUUGUGCUGGGCAGAGUAAGGGUAGUUGGGUAUACAUGGGUGAAUCCAGUGGGGAUUCUGCCCUCAAGAGGCUUAGUUAUGAAGCCCAGACAUGUAUAUGACAUAAAAGAUAUAAUACUUAGUGGCAGAGGAGAGGACAUGGUUGCAAAAAAGAGAGAGAUUACUGCAAGUUAGAAAAUUAAGGAAGCCUUCAUGGAUGAGAUCACAACUGAAUGAAGACCUGAAGGAUGGGAAAGCCCCUGGAGCCACAGGAACUCACAGCUAUCUACUUCCACCUUCCUGGUAGCUGCUGUAGGGGGCUGGGAACUGUUGCACUUCCAACCCAAGGAAGAGUCCCUCUUGUGAAAGACCCAAGUGGCCCUGCCCUCUCAAUCCUAUUAAAAUCCAAGCAAAAUGUUAGGUUCCUGGUUGCCCUCUGGCUUUCUCUGAUCAUUUCUUCCUUUUGGUGGAGAAUCAGCUGAAUAAGCUGAUUUGGCCACUAUCAUCCAGUCUUGUAUCACCACCACUUGUCAGCCAAGAUGACUUGAGUGAGACGUGUAAUGGUAGCUGAAGGAGGCUUUCAGUACUUCUAAGAAAGAAUUGCGUCUGCCAAUAAGGCCUUGCACAGCAGUGGGGACAACUGUGUGUUCCCUAAUCCUCUUUGUUUUCCCUUGUGUGCUAUUACAGAAAGCAUUGUUUUGGAAUGAAAAGAUACGGUUCAUUUGCCUGUGGUUAGGUCUGUUUCCAGAUUUUCCUUUGAUUUGGGUAUCAAGUGAAAAUCUUGGUAUCAAGUGAGUAACUAAGAUAGUAACAGAAGCUAGAAAUAAAACAAGACACGGGACAUUUUUGGUCACUAAACUAUGGAUGAAUUGAUCUGGAAUUCUUACACCCAUGUUACUUCUUCCUUCCCCCCUUUCCCUACCCCAAAAUUCCUCAUGAGUAUGACGGAAGAGGUCUUGAACCAGCUCCUGGCCAUUACUCAAUGGAUACAGUGUUUGAAUUAUUCAGAAAAUGUUUAAAUGCCAUCCUUUAAAUGUAAGCCCUACUUAUUACCCUUUGGAACUCCUUUAUGGAAUAAUGGAAAAGUGAGUCAUCUUGAUAAGAAAAUAUCUGAGUCUUUACAGAAGAACAAGGAUAAAAAUGGAGGUAAGAAAGAACUCUUUGUGAAUUCUCUAUUCAUCUUCACCUUUUUUCAUAGAGAUGGAUGUUGAUCAGUAUAUUCCAUUUGGUGGGUUUUUUCCCAGAUCAAAGAAAAUGCUCUGUCAUCAUGUAUUUCCAAGUUAUUUUUGCUAUUAUUGUAUCCCCAGAAUCUAGCCCAUGCCUGACACAAGAAGUCUCUCAAUAAAUAUUUGACAAUGAAGGAAAAACUGAAUUUGCCCGUCUUAAAUGGGCAGUCUGUUUAGCAGUAUGGCUGUUUAAAAUACUCAAGCUAUUUGGAGCCAGUACAAAAACAAAUAGGUGUCUAGGUAUAUACCCAAAAGAAUUGAAA